GUGAGCCGGGGCGGCCUCUCCUUCGCGGGCCGCGUGGAGGAGGUGGAGGCCGCCAACGGCUCGGUGGCGCUUCGCCUGGUGGUCGGAGGCUCCGAGGAGGCCGCGGACGAUGCCCCCAUCGUGCCAGAGCUGCUGAUCUUCGGCCACGACGCAGGCCCCAGCGGCCUCUCGGGGCGUGCCGAGGCGCUCCGGCGGGUGCGGCACCACCUGGCCAACCCGCCCGCCGCGGCGGCGGCGGAGGCGUGGGACGACGCGGGGGCCUGGAAGCAGGACGGGGCGGCCGGCGGCGGCGGCUGGAAGCAG